AUGGCCAUUUCGUCUCUUCUCCCUGCAACAUGCUCCCUCUCGCUACUACCAUCUUCAACCACAAGAAUUGAUUAUGAUAUUCGUCGAGUUUCAUUUUCACGAAUCGCGUACCCUACACUGACUCAUUCAAAUUCAACCAAAUCACUUUCCGUCAAAUCGGCUCAUGCUCAUCCGGAUCAUUACAACGUACAAAUCAUAAUCGAAGAAGACGAGCCCGAAGAUAAAAUCAUCAAUCGUUUCAGGAUUGAGGUUCUUAAGGCAAGAGUUUUUCAGGACUAUAAACGCAAAAGAUUCUUCGAGAGUAAACAAGAUAAGAUCAAAAGGAAAGCUCGAGAAGCUGCUAUAAGAGACCUUAGACUAUUACGGAAGCCACGUCCUAGCUUUCCUUGGCUGAAUCAAUGUGAUUCUUUUGAUUUUCCAAAUAAGGAAAAAGAUGAUGAUAGUGAAGACGAGGAUAAUUGGGAAAUUUCCGAUGUAGAUCUUCCAUAUGGCUUGAAACUCAAAUGCAGAAACAAGCAGGGAUAGAUGAAACUUUUAGAAGAAAAAAGCAUUUGACUCACUCCAUCCGAAGCUGGUGUUCCACUACCCUGAGAGGUAAUUCUUUGUUGCAUAUAACUUUACUUCAGUCCAAUUGCACACAUCAAGAAAAGGAAAAUAUUGUUCCCAAGACGGCUGCGGAUAUUGAAUUGCUUGUGCAGACCUUGUUUGUUAUGAUAUUUUCCCCCCUCAAUUUUGGUACAUAUUGCUUAUUGUAAAGCCAUCAGUGUUUGCACUAUCAGCUAUUAUUCUGUUUGUAAAUUGGAGAUUUUCUUCUAGGCAAGGCUUCCUCUUGAAAAUGGCGUAUUUGGCUUUGGUUUUUAUUGUUUCUGCUUAUUGUGUUAGUCAUUCAAAUGUCGAGGACAAUGUGGUAGAAACUUAAUGUGGUAGAAAUAUGCUUACAAUGGUAGCGGGAAGGUGCCAUCAAAUGAGUCUCGACUGAACUUAGCUUUUACUUACACUAAAUAAUCAAAUUAUUAUAAGUGAUAAUGGUUAUGAAUACUGUCUUCAUAAUAGAUACUAUCUACUAGCUGGUCAACGAAAGCCAUGAAUGUUGUGUACCAUAUAGUAAAGCAGAGUGAUAGACCUAAGUUGUGUUUUAUCAUUUAUAUGUCUGCAUUGAUGGAAUAGAAUGCAAAGGGAAUAGUAUUGUAGUUCAUUGUUUGGAUAGGCCUAAGUUG